AAUGGAUAGCAGGAGGCAAGAAUCAUUGUGGCCAUUUUGGGCGCUGCCUACCACACAUGGAUACUGUUUGUAUUCACAUGGAACAGGCAAGAGUAUACAUUUAAUUUUGCCCCAGGAUUAUACCUUUUUUUCCCCUGUCAUAGUUUAGAGAGAUCUGGACCACCUACCACCCGGACACCCACAGAACAUCGCACCGAUUCACUACUAAUCGAGCUAGAUUAGUGAGAAAUGGCGGGCGUGUUGGAGGCCUUGGUAAGAAACAUACACUGCAUCAUUGGAGACACAGCGCCUGUGAAGAUUCAGGGAUCUGCCGCAUGAGAACAUUUUGGAAUGUCCCAGCAGUCAAGGCCAUGCUGGGUCAUAUCCAAAGGAAAAGAUGAAUUAUCACCACUUACACUUUCUAUGGCAAAGAAGGAAGCACGAUGCCUGGUAGGACUCUUGAGGUUUUGGAGACAACAUAUUCCAUAUCUCAGAACACUUCUCUGGCCUGUAUACCAGGUGACAUAAAAGACUGCCACUUUUUUUAAAAAAAUAUUUUAUUUAUUAGAGAGUGCACAUGUGCGCACAAGCAGGGGGAGGGGCAGAGGGAGAAGCCGACUCCUCACUGAGCAUGGAGCCCGACACAGGCUGGAUCCCCGGACCCUGAGAUCAUGACCUGAGCUGAAGUCAGACGCUUAACCGACUGAGCCACCCAGGGCCCAAAAAGACUGCAACUUUGAGCAUAUCCCAGAAUAGGGACGAUCUCUGCAGAGUAGCAAAGUCUGGGCUGCGGUGAGAGCAGUCCUGGAGCUCGGGCCACAAGACUGCGCAGAUCUGAGGGGACUGGGGGUAUCAGUGGUAGGAAAAGGUACCGUCUAGGGGUCUGGAGCCCGGCCGUGCAGUCUGCAGAGAUGACUCACGUGUGUUUUGUAAAGCCGUUCCUGGAGUGCUGCUGGGCCCUGGCAGAGGGCCGUCAGACAUGACAUGACCCUAUGGCCAGAGCUGCUUGUCAUGAGGUCAGUGGAGAUGAGCAGACAAGACCCUCUCAGUCUCUCGGAUCUUGCAGCACAGAGCCUGCUGAAUGAUGAGGACUCAGCUGUCUGUGCCUUGGAGGAGCUCCCUGUGGGCCUUUUCCCAGCACUGUCCAUGGCAGCCUCUGAUGGAGGACACACAAAGACUGUGACAGCAAUGGUGCGGGCCUGGCCCUUCCUCUUGGAAGCUGUUCUAGAUGGGCUGGAAUUGGUUUCUACCAAUGUUGCAUGCCCCAGCCCUGCUCUGCUGGCUGGAAAGUCCCAGUCUCUGCUCUCCGCCUCAUUCCCCACGGGAGAUCGAAGCUGAAGGUGCUGGAUUUUACCCAUGACUUUGAGCACUCCAACUGGGAGGAGUGCUCUGAGACUACUCCUGCCCCCUUUGUCAUCACGCAUAUGCUGGAAGAGCUGGAGGCAGACCCGCUGGCGCCCAGUUCCAGAGAACAGCCUCCACAUCGCCAAGAACCCGUGGAAAUCCACACAGACCUUUUCCUCAGUGGUUUGUUUGGCUGCUUCCACUUGUCGGGGUUCUUGUACAUACUGCAGAGAGUCGAGAAGAGCCAUGGCUGUCUGUGCCUCCGCUGUCAGACCCUGGUCAUCAACCAGGUGCCGUUCCGCUGCCACGUAGAGAUCCUGGGAAUGCUGGAGCUGGAGGCCAUCCGAGAGGUGAGGCUUUAUCACAGGAGUAGUUUCUGCUUCUGGUCGGACCUCACCCAGCUCUUCACCCACGUAGGGCAGAUGAGCAGUCUGGGCCACCUCGUCAUGAACGACAUCCCCUGGGAUUUCCCUGCAGACUGUUUCUCUUUGCUAAGUCUGCUGGGCCACCUUCAGAAGCUCCAUCUCAUCUUCGGCUAUCUCUCGGGCCAGCUACAGAAGAUGCUGAGAAGAUGGCUCCCACCAUUUGCAUCCAGACUGAGUGGCCUGUGAAAAUCUCUGGAGACGCUGGUGAUCAAUGGAUGUAGGCUCACUGAGAAUGACAUCACCUACUUGUCCCAGAGCAUUCAUGCCACCCGCCUGAAGGAGUUGGUCCUCUGUGGCAAUAACCUGUGCCAAACGGUUCCUGGGUCCCUGGAGGUUCUACUGGGGGAGGUGUCCGGCACUCUGCAGUACCUGAACUUGAGAAGCUGCCGGCUGAAGGAGGCCCAGCUCCGAGCCCUGCUGCCUGCCCUGUGUUGCAGCUCCCGCCUCCGCUCUCUGGUGUUCAAUGACAAUGUCAUCUCCACCUCGGGCAUCAUGAGCAUGUUGUGGCACUUGGCAGGGCUGAUGGAGCUGAAGCGCGUGCAGUACCCUAUCCCUGCCGAGUGUGUUGUGUACUUGGAUGAAUACAGGUGGGGGUACCUCAACAGAGUGGAGCUCGCCUGUGUGCACGCCAAGUUGCGGGAAAUGUUGCAGGCGCUACAGGGGGCCAACGUGGAGUUGACGAAUCCGACCUCAGUGGCCUGACUUACGAAAAUGCACAGCUGACCUGAUGGGGAAGAGGGGCAGUGGUGGGUCCUGGAGCCAGGGCAGUGGAUUUCCCAACUGGAUGGUGUGGCUUUGAAGAAAACUAUGAAAACAAGAAAAAACACAACGAACGGUCUGGUGGGAACUGCUGUUUCUGGAUCCACCUGGGGCCCCAUUAUUCAUGACAUCGACAAGCACGGGUCAGAAAUAACACUGUGCAGGUGUUGUUCUAAUGCUGGAUAUAAAAAGAAAGCUUCUCCCAACACUUGUCCUUCUGGUCUGUUUACCCAAUUUCCCUUUCGUUUUGUUUCAGUAUUCCUGCUUUGAACAGCACGCAGUUGGACACAGCUGUCACCUGCUUUUUUGAAAAUUUGCGUUAUGCCACUUGUGCAAAAGACCUACAUUAGUACCUGUUCCCGCUAAUCGAAAGAAAUCUGAAGAGGAUUUUCACUUUUAGGAGAAAAGCGAAAACAUUCAGCGUGUUUUGCAGCAAGCCAUUAUAGAGGCAGCGUGCACCCCAAGCGAGAGUGGCCCUGCCA